AUGGCGUACGAAACGCUUUCCUUGAUGCGGGUAUUUUCGCCUCAUCUGAACCCAGAGAAGCAUUGGUACGCUUUGAAUUCUACCUUAUGCUGUUCAAAACCAGCUGCCUUUUGUUCCACCUCAUCCGCGAAUUUAUUUCCUGAGGAAUAUAAGCUCGUCUUCCUCAAUGACCUGCGUGGCGAAGAUGGAGCUCAAGUGUCUUUCCGCUGGUUUUGCUCGUUUCGGAGCAGCGAGAAAGUGUACGUGGCUUCGGCAUUCGGUCUACUGCUUGGGAUUCUCCGCUUAAAAUCGUGGUCCAACUGCCAAUUCAUGAAGUCGGAUUACAUCCAUUGUUUGAUAUCCGUGCUAAAUGCGAGAGGCUUGCAGUGCAAGGUUGGCGACUCCGACCAAAAUAUUGCCUCUCUGCCGACCCAGGUUACGGCAGUGGAAGCCCUGUACUUCACCCCACAAGUAAAAAGCAGCAAGGGAUGCCAAAAAGUCGAUCUCCCCACUCCGCCGAGCACUCCAAGGCAAAGCCCGCCAAAUCCUGAAAGCCCGCCAAAAUUCGAGAGCCCGCCAAGACAAAUUCCAAGUGAUGUCCACCCAAAAAGGAAGAAACGGACAAUAGAAGAGAUCAAGGUGGAUCAGGAUCUUUCCCCACCCAGCAAAAGAAAGAAAGUCCGUGAAGUUGCCACUCGAAUUAUUCAAGACAUUCGAGAAGUCUGCGUGUACAACGAAGAAACUCUGGGGACCGUGCUGGCAGAAUGUUCGAAAAUGACAGGAAAGGAAGGCCAAGAUGUUCGCGAAACAGUGAAGUCAGUCGUUGACGCAAUGGUAGCGGAAAAGGGUGCACGAAAAGCCUUCGAGAAGCUGGUAUCCGAAGACGCGUGGAACGAAAGAGUGAAAUGUAUGAGGGUCCCUGACUGGAUGUACCUCCUAUUCAAGCUGAAGUCGAGAAUUUCAGACAGUGGCUGGCAGGAUUUAACUAAUCUUACGAAGCUUGCGAGAACUGGGGUAAGUUACAAGAUCUAUUCUGACCUUAUGAAUUUUUGAUAGGGUGCUUAUAGUGUUCCCCAGCUAUGAAGACAGUGGGGGAGGGGAUGGGGGACUUUUAUUUUAAUUGGCACUGCUUCUAUUUUAAUUGGGUAAUGGGGGGAGGGGGCUUGUUCUUACACCUUAAAUACGUUUUUGGGGUUGGCUUUUGUCUCUAGCACAACAUUGCAUGUUUCACAGCAGGUGUAAUUUUAAAAUUUUUACAGAAAACAUCAGAUGAACCUAUUCUGCUCAUCAAGAAUAAUAUUGCAGCGCUGCGAAGGGCUCACUUCAGUGUUACAAGAUCACUCAUGGACAUUACUGCUCUUCCUGAAGAAGUCCCUGGAUUUGAAGUAAAUCUUGAAAAUGUUGCCGUUUGGGUCAUCAGGGAGAUGCGCCUACAUGGGUCACUUCCUGAUGACAUUACAUUUAAACUGUCGAUUGAUGGGCGUCCUUUCCAUGGUAAGGGUACAUGAGUACUGUACACUUCCCCUUGUUUUUUUUCUUAUAUCCUUUUCUCUUGUUUCAAGUAGAUAUGUUACAAAGCUAUUUCUAUUUUUGUAGGUCAAUUCUUGCUGUUCUUUCUGUGUUUUUAGCCAAUAGUUUGUCUAUUUCUUUCACCAUUUUGUACUCACUACCAGAACAACUCAACCUCAUCCCCAGGUUUUCUCAGUUAACAGUUCAAUAAGCUGGCAGUUUUGCCGCACACAUGACACCAACAGUUCACAUAUCUGCAAAAUUCUUCCAAAUUUGGUUGACAUUCAAGGCUGCUGCUGCCAGUACAUGUAUACUUACAUAUAUAUACUUACAUAUAUAUACAUAAAAAAAGUUAAAGAAGACCAAAAGUGUAUAUAGAUACCGUAGGAUAUUACAUGGCCACGCGGAGAUACGCAAUUUCUCUUCGAGUGUUGAAAAAUAUUUCACGAGUGAGCGCAGAGAAAUUUCGUAUCUCCAAGCGGCCAUGUAAUGUUCUAUUUAUUAUAUAAACACCAAUGAAAUACCAAAUCAUUUCUCUGAAACAGUUUUUUCCUGUGAAAGGUGCGAUUUAUUAUGUAGCCAUAGCAACGGUGAUAUUUUCACGUGUGAAAAUAACAUGUUAUUUUCACGUUAUUUUCACGUGUGAAGAUAUCAUGUUUUCGCGCGAAAGCUCACCUGGUAUUUCAUUGGUGUUUAUAUAAUAAAUACAUAUAUAAAGUGUAUGCAUAUAUAAAUUAUAUAAUCAUUAUAUAUUUUUAUAUUUUGUAAAUUACAGGCAAAGACCAGCUUGCAUUUGGCAUUGUUCCACUUGAUGCUCAGUACCGGUCCUCUCAGAGUGCCAAGUCAGUCUAUCCUCUGGCUAUAGCUAACUGUAAGGAAAACAGGUUGGUGGCAUUGCUUUCGUUUUUUCGACAUUUGGACUGUUAUUGCAUGUGUACGUUAUUUGUCACUCAAAUGUAGCUGUAAUAUUUAUUCCAAAAAAAUUUAUUUUCUAAUGAUCUGCUGAGUGUGAAGCAAAAGAAAUAUUAUGGUAGUGUGACUAAGCCCAUUACCUGCAUAAAGUCACUUCCUUAAAAAAAGCACUUUUGUUAAUCCAAGUCAUAUAUCAAAUUAAUUCUGCUUGUCUGUUUUUAAGAGAUGACCUUAAGAAGUUGCUUCAUAAUCUUAACAAGCAGAAGGACAAACUGAAAAAGAUGGGAAUAACAGUGGAUGGCAAACACUAUCGUGUACAGUUCAAAGGUAAUUAUGAUCGCCUGUUAGUUUAUUAUUUCAACUAUGAAAAAAAGAGUUACUUAUGGUGGCUUUUGUACCAAGGAGAGAAAAGUGGAAUUACUAACAGUUUCAAUUUUAGAGUUGAAUGUACAAUCUUAACACAAUGUUGGCAUUGUCUAGCAUUUAACAUUGGCCUUUUGGUUGUUCCUUUUUUAGUUACUCUUGAUUACAAAGGUUUAGUGUUGCUCAUGGCAAAAAUUGAAGAUGAAGAUUUUUUGCUGGGAGGACGGGGCCUGUGUGUCGAGUUUUGCAUAUUCUGUUUUGCACUGAGGGUAAGUUUAGACUAUGCUGCUAAACACAUAGUUACAGACUUCUCAUUAGUCCAGUUUGUCUGUUCUGCAAUAUACAUAUUUACACAACAAUUUAUUUUUGCCCCCGUGCAUGAUACAUCAAAGAAGAAAAAAAGGACCUGAUUAGUUUUUAUUAUAAUUAUGUAGUACAAAAAAUUUGGUACCUAGUUGACAGUGGUAGUAGGAUUUUACAGGCCUUAAGAAAUGCAUAAUCAUUUCGUUAAUGUGAAAGCUAGCAAGGAAACAAAAAAUACCGGUACAAUAAGGGGUUUAAGAACCAGAUUGUUUUGGGUUUCUCAUUUCAAGAUAGCUGCAGAUCCUGCAUCUUUGUAUAAAUUUCAGUCCAAUGCAGGGAGUUAUGAACCAAAAAUUGACCCCUGACAUAAUGAGUUCAACAACAUGUAUAGCCAUAUUAACAGUGGUACUGUGCUUUAAAAGUGAGACUCCUUUAAUUUCAACAGUACAGAAAGUACUCCCAAAUGUUGAGCCUAGUCUCUCUCUCUCUUUUUCUCUAUAGGCUUGUGAUUGUGAUUUAGGAAGGCAUGAAGUGUGUCUUGAGCACUUUCUUCAAACAAAGGCGAACAUUGGCGGGUAUGUCUUUUCAAACAUUUGCAACGAAGUUACUAUUCUUCCACAUGAUAUGCUGCUGUUUCAUUCAACUCAGGCAUUUCAUUUGACACACUCUCAUUGAAUGUUAUCCCUUUUUAUGCUCCCACUGAGCUUAAUACAAAAUAAUUUUUUGUUGUUGAAAUUUUCAUAUUAGCUGCUGCAGGCAUUUUUUUUAGACAGCUUUACAGUUGUGAUAAAUUUUUGUUUCUCUUUUGAGUAUUUUUUUUAAGUUUGGAGCAUACUGUAAUGUUUGCAAUAAUGAUUAUUAGUUUCAGAGGCUUGAGAGAUGAUUUGACAUGCAUCCUUGAUGAGGAACUGUCUUCAAUGAGUCUCUGUGCUUUGCACUGUGAGAUGAGAAACACAGAGCAGUUGUUGAAGAGUAUUGGCUUGUUGGCCUAUGAGAUUGGAUCACUUGAAGACUGCAAUCAGAAACUUUCUGAAUAUGGUCCAGCUAAUUUCAAGGCAGAUCGCAUCACAGUCAAGUUAAGGCCGGGACAGCAGGUAGCCCCUGAGCGAAAUAACAUUUCUUUUGCCUCAUGCUCAGGUAAGUCUAGCUUAGAAGAUUAGUCUUAAGCCAAGUAAAAAAGUCUUGACUGAAAUGUGACGUCAGUUACUCUUCACAUUGUUUCGAGUAACAAUUAGUUAAAAUCUUGCACAUAAAAACUUACUUUUUAAUAAUUUCAUACUCAUCUGAACUGGCGGGUGGCACACCUCAGACACUUCAGUGUAACAUACAUAACAACUUACUUUCUAAUAAUUUCCUACCCAUCUGAACUGGCGGGUGGCACACCUCAGACAGUUCAGUGUAACAUACAUAACAACUUACUUUCUAAUAAUUUCCUACCCAUCUGAACUGGCGGGUGGCACACCUCAGACAGUUCAGUGUAACAUACAUAACAACUUACUUUCUAAUAAUUUCCUACCCAUCUGAACUGGCGGGUGGCACACCUCAUACAGUUCAGUGUAACAUACAUAAAAACUUACCAUUUUAUGAUUUCCUCCCCUUCUGAACUGGCGGGUGGCACACCUCAUACAGUUCAGUGUAACAUACAUAAAACCUUACCAUUUUAUGAUUUCCUCCCCAUCUGAACUGGCGGGUGGCACACCUCAUACAGUUCAGUGUAACAUAUUGAAAUCUUCCUUGCUUUUCUCUAGGGCUUUUUGCCAAAACGAAUGGGACUUAUGGAGAGCAUCAUUUUAAUGCUGGUAACAAUAUUGAAAUAUUAAACUUAAGCACCUUUAAAUAAGGGUAGUUGACCACAUGAAAUGUUUACAUGAAACUGUUUAAUGCUUUGUAUUGUGAGGCAUGAAAACAAAUUAAUGGUGAAGAAAUUCUGAUUUUUUUAAAAUAAUUAUUGUACCCUUUUUAUUUUGACAGGAGGCACUGAGCGACAAAUGUUGGCUUCACUGGAGGACAUUGUUGACAAGUCUCUGCCUCUUUCCAAGUUAGAAACUCAUUUCCAAGACCCUGAGGCAGCAAAAUUAUGCAUCCUGAACAAGAUAUCAUUUUGUGAGGCCCGGCAAAAGGUGUCUUUCCCAUUUUUUCCUUACUUUUUCUUUUAUAGGUAUCCAAACAAUACUUGUUGGUGCACUGUCCUCGAGUAUUAUUAUAGCAUAACUAUGGCCUGAAACGCUAGACAAAUAGACCAAAAUACAGAAUGAUGGCGUUAUUAAACAAGCCUAUAAGUUUGAAGGAAACAAAACCACCAUCACCAUUUCAGUUUUAGCAAAUAUUACAUUUUUUAUGAUCAGUGCAUGCCCAUGUGCACACCUAUGCCUUAAUAAGUUUGGUUUUUUUUACACAAAACCAAUAAUGUUCUAACAAACUAUAUGCCAUUUUGCAGUAUUACACUGAAAUGUUGGAGAGUGGGAUUUUCAUUCGUGAUUUUGGCACACACCAAGAGGAGAUUAAUCUUGUGAAUUCAGGUACCUUGCACAUUAAGGUCUCGGUAAAUGAAAAUUUUAGUACAUUGCUCGAUUUUGUUUUUUUUUGGAUUUUUGGCAUGAGCGAGUCCUAAAUUUUAUUUUGGCAAAAAAGGAAAUCAGAAAGUGCUUUUUAACCCUUCUAAAAUGAGCCUUCCCUGAGCUAACCAGCCAGGCGUGGACCUCGCGCUAAAUCUUUAGAGCUGAUUUUCUCUCACUCUAUUUUAGACGCAAAAAUCAAAAUUCUCCGACCUCCAGUCGGGACAGGUUUUAAGCUAUCGCUUUGAAACUUUCAGAUAUGAUGGAUAAUGAUAUAGACUCAAAAAGGGUGUGAGGAAUUUUCUGAUUUCCCUUUGUAACUCAUUUUAUGUCAGUUUCUUUGUGUAAAUCGCGCUCGAGAUUCGACUUUUUAGUUUGAAAUGCAAUAAUUCCGCUAAUACGAGACAUAUGCAAAUUUCCUCACACCCUUUUUUAGGUCUUUUAUCUGUCAAUCAGACGCAACAAAAAGGAAGUGAAUAUUUAACAACGCGAAAGGGCUGGAGCUUCAGCAGUAAACUCGAUACCUCUGAGUUUGAGAGCAAAAAACUUAGGCGCCUUUUGAAAUUCGAUGAAAUAAAAUCUUUUAUAAGGUAAUUUAGUCUUUUAGCUUUAAUUUGAUAUAUAACUUGCCUUUAAUUGUAGCGAAAAUACUCGUGCGACUAGAAUUUUUUUCUGUGGGCGCCUCGUUUUCCUUUACCGAGACCUUAAGCCAUCCUGAUGUUUUGAUGUGUAAUUUUUUUGUUUUGGCUGAAUUUACUGUUUACCCUUUAUUAUAGUUCCCUACCUGUGUGGAAUGCCUACCUUAUAAUGAACUUAAAAAUUGUUACUGUGGCACUUAGGUGGCAGCCCCGUCUUAAUAUUCACUCCUAAAAUUUUAUUAUUAUUAGCAUUUUAGUAUUUUUAGUUAAAUUUAUAGUAACCUUUUUUUUAUCUAGCAGUGCCAUUAAUUGUAGAACACCUUGCAUGAUAACAGACCAUCUGUAUAAAGACUUGUAUUCAUGUUUUAUUGUUAUUAUUAUUAUUAUUAUUAUUAUUAUCAAUAUCAUUAUUGUUAUUAAUACUGCUCUUAUUAAAUGUGGCUCUGUCUAUCCAGUUGCAAGUGGGGAGUUUGCCAGACUUACGAAAUACUGGAAAGGAAAACAAGAGGACAUGGAGAGCAACUUUAAGCAACUGUACAAGCCCGGAGUUCCUAUGACUAAACAACGAAAAGGAAAGAACUGUAAAAGAGUAGUGCACAGCAACAAGGAGCUCAGCAGCUAUGCAGGCUCAUUGACUAAGGAGUUCAUUGUAGAGGUUAGGACUUCUAUACUUCUAUCAUGCAUUUCUUAGAAUUAUAGGAUUCUAUUUCUGACAAAGUAAUCCAAGUUGAAUGUGUGAACUCAGUAGGUUGAUUGUCAUUGCUAAAGGAUUUGAGAUAUUAAAAAUUACUGGUGCACAGAUGUGUACUUGAUAUAACACUCACAUAAUCCUUACUGGCUGAGGUCGGCAAAGGAUGUUUUUCAUUUUCAGUACAAUCAUAGAUGCUAUAUCUGCUAUAGCCACAAGACAUAUGUCAUAUCUUUUCAACAGCAGUAAAAAUUUAGUGCUAUAGUAUGGUGAUACUCUGGGAAAAAAUGCAGUCCCUACAUCAUUAGAAGUUUACUAACACUAAGUAUUUAAAAUACACUUGACACAUUCAGUGUUAAAUAUUAUCCACACCUUUUAUGGAAAGACACAAGAAAACAAUCUUGGACUAGUCUUUAGUCGGAGAGGUGCAAAUAGACAUGGCUUUAAGACAGAAGGGUGUGUGAACCAUUAACCAUUAUUGCAUUUUACUGUAGCUAACUCUAUACAUGAAAGUCGUUUGUUCUUUUUUGUAGGUGUGCUCGUUAUGGAAGGA